AUGAGGGCGGCAGGCCCCGAGCAGCGGCAGGAUCUGGCGCGCUUUGUCUACGUGACCCGCUUUGGUUCGCACCAGUGUGGCGGCGUUUUGGAGCUGCGCGGCCGCCAGGCUCAGGGCCGUUGGUGUCCGCGGCUCGGGGCCCUGAGCAACCGGGAGGAGGCGCGGGAAGCGGCGGCGCCGGGGGUCCGGGCCGCGGGCGAGCUGACCCCUGGCCCCCGGUCCCCGGUCGCAGCACCUGGCGUCGCGGCCGCGGCUUCCAUGGCGUCCGGGCGGCGGGCGUCGAGCGCGCGGAGCUGCCCCCGGCCGCCGGCGGCACGUGCAGGUUUAAUCCAGAAGAAUGGAGCUAAAAGGUUUGAUUUUCCCAUACCAUUGAAUGAAACUUCCAAAAUAAUGAAAAAAAGGAAAAAGUCUUCAGUAUGGAAUACAGUAUACAAAGUCAUUUCUAAAAUGCUUGAAGAAAAUGAAAAAUACAGACUCAGGCUGAAAUGCCAAAGAUUAUCUAGUGAAAGCUCAAAUUAUACAAGAUGAAUCUUCUUAUCUUCUGGAUUAAUCUAUCUUUGGAUCUGUUUCCUAGAGAAGAUUAUGAAGAAUUUAAAGAGGAAAUAUUAAAUUGAAUCAUAAUUAUUUAUUUGUUGUGCUUUGUUGGAAUCGGG